UCACACGCGUGACCACUGACGGCUGCAGCCUGAGCUGCAGUAGCAGCAGCAACAACGGUACAGCGUCGCGGGAGAAGAGCUCUAGAGCACUAGAGCACACUACUCAGCUCACGCGCAAGCAGCGGCAGUAGUAGCAGCUGAAGCAGCAGGCAUGAGCGUUGUCAUUAGCAUCAGCAUCAUCAUCAUCACGAGCUGCACCCUGUGGGAUGGUGCCGCAGCUGCUGCUCUCAUCUAGCGCAGCAUCAGAGGAGCUGAGAAAGUAACACAGGGAAAGAGAAAGAGUAGGAGGCGGUGGAGCAAAUUGGGGUUGUGGAGGGGACAUGGCAGUUGUGUCCCGCCCGCCUGCAGGGCAGCAGUCGCAGCACCGAAAGGCGUUUCAACUGCAACAAGGACGCGGGAGGUCCACUAGUGGAGUGUUGUAUGGGAGCAGCGACAAUGUGGACACAGGAGGAGGUGGAGGAGGAGGGAGUGUCGAUAGUUUCCAUCACAAGGAGUGGAACUCGCAAGCGCACGGGAGCGGGCGGAGUGGCGGCGGCGGUGGUGGUAUGUCAAGGUCGGGGAGGAAUAUAGAGCAGACCAAUGUGGUGUACCAGGGAGAUGAUUUUGGAGGCGGAUUUGGGAGCUGGUGCGGGUGCAUAAGUCGGUCUGGAGUUGUGUCACCGCCACCGAGGGGAGAGGGGGAGAGAGCAGGCAGAGGGCGCAAGGGUGAGAAGGGAAUCGGCGACGUGAAGAGCGGGGACAUGGGAUCGCUAGUGAAGAGUUUUAGUGGUAGCUUCGAGCGCACUGGGUCGACGCCCGGGAGCUCGCCCGCCUUUCGGCCACGGCUCUCGCCUGGGAAGGUGUCACCAUUAGUUGAGGUGGUGCCCCCGCCUGCUUCGAUCACUGCCGCGCCGGUGAGUCAGCAUCUGCAGGCAAUGGCGUCAACAGUUUUCUCUAUGUCGAAUUAUAACUUGACGCCAGGAGUAAAGAUGCAUGACUCCUCCUCGGGGGUGUCGAGCUCGCCUCCCGUGGAUAAGAUCAAAGCAUCUCCAACCCUUUUUGAAAUGAUGACCCACGAACAGGAAUUAGGCCCCAAGGCAGUUCACAGCAUUUCUCUCAGCCAGCAGCUUACAUUUCAAGAGAAGAUGAAGUCCAUUCUCUCAGGAACUAGCCCUGGUAACCAGUUUAAUGACACUACGACCAGCGACUUGAAGCUGAGUCUUAAUAACCGAGAAGGCUGCAGCGUCACUGUAAAUGUUCAUCGACACAUCUUGGUUACGCACAGCAGGUUCUUCGCGGCCAAGCUUUCAGAUAGAUGGUUGAAGCAGCAACGAGCAAAUCCGAAUCUUAUCGAGAUUACCGACAUUGACGACGUUGAAAUAUAUCUCGAAACACUUCGGCUCAUGUAUUGCGAAGAUGUCAAGAAGAGUCUUCUGAAGGAAAACGUGAAUCGAGUUCUAGGCAUUCUCAAGCUUUCGGCGCACAUUAUGUUCGAGGGAGGUGUUUUUGCCUGCCUAGAGUACCUAGAGGCAGUCCCUUGGGCUGACGAUGAAGAAGAGAAGGUGACUGCGCUCAUGGGGCAGCUGCAGCUGGAGAGUGUGGGCGUUGCAUCGGACGUUAUGAAGCGGUGCUCUUCUCUCGAGAGCACCAACAAUGAAGAUAUUUUGCCUCGGCUCUUAUGUGCCGUCACUAAAGGAACUGAUGACAAGGCCCGGAGAGAAAUGAAAUCCCUGGUUUCAAGAAUGCUUCGAGAGAAUAUGUCGCAGAACAAGAACACUGUCGAUAUCAGCAAAGAGAGUUUGUACAGAGCUUGCCACGGGUGUCUCGACUCUCUACUCCAUCUGUUCACGCAAUCCAAAAGUGGCGAAGACAGGAAUAUGCUGGUCGAGAUUUCCCGACAAGCAGAUAACUUGCACUGGCUGGUGGACAUUCUUGUCGACCGGCGGAUUGCGGAUGAUUUUGUACGCAUGUGGGCUCAUCAAGGCGAGCUUGCCACCUUGCACGCGCAGGUUCCAGUAAUGUUUCGAUAUGAAGUCAGUCGUCUUACAGCUCGUUUGUGCAUUGCAAUUGGCAAGGGCCAGGUUCUGUCUCCGAAGGAUGUGAGAUUUCUACUCCUGCAAACAUGGCUACAGCCGCUGGUGGACGACUUUGCGUGGAUGCAAAGGUGUUGCCGCAACUUGGACAAGAAGGUGGUCGAGGAAGGGAUCAGCCAAACUAUUCUCACUCUCCCACUGAAGCAACAACAGUGCAUCUUGCUGUCGUGGUUCGACCGAUUCUCUAGUUCUGGCGAUGACUGCCCCAACCUGCAGAAAGCAUUUGAGGUUUGGUGGCGAAGAACGUUCACCCCCCCCUGCGUCGAAGAAGACGCAUGUGCUGAGCGCAGAGAGUUUUGUGAAAGAAGUAGAGAAGAGGGGCAUCUUGGAUUCUUGAAGUCUUGAAAGGGGAUGAUGGAUUCUUCCUGGCUUCUAAUGGUGGCAAGAGUAGGGGAGUGGGGUUGUGGUCCGUUGGCAGGCUUGGGAUUGAGUUCUCCGGAACCUCAAUUACGAGAGCUAAAUGUCGUAACUUUAGACGGGGUCGGCUGAUAGUUCUGUUCUCGGGCGUCUUUUGAAGCUGGAUCCACGUGAUUCUGCUCGAGGAACUCUUACGACAGCAGAGCCAUCUUCGCGCUCAGCUGUUUCAAUUCGCUGUUGACUUCAUGAAGCUGAAGUUAGCUCAGUAGAGAAACCUGGCAGAAAGAUCCCAGUUAAGAGUUUACAGGUAGCAGGUAGGAGGUAGCAAACGCUGAGAACUUGAACUAUGGGGAGUAAACAUGAUCAGCCCUUGUAUUUCUAGUGAGACUAUUGCCGGUGAACGCGCGAGGCUUGUCGGUGGGUUCUCAUGGUAAGAAAAAUCUGCAAUGUACAAAUAUGGGACAUUCGAAACAUAACCAGGGCUCACAAACUAGUUUCCUUGUAACGCAUUUAUAUAUUUGCCGCACUUGGGCUCGUUUCCAUUCUCAACCA